AUGAUUUUAUAUCAAAUGGUGCAUUUCAUUUUAUUUGUCUCAGUUUCCAGCGAAUGUGUGACUAAGCUGUUCCAAGGCAGCUCUUUCCAGGGAGGCGACAUUACUACUGUUUUUGCACCAAGUGCCCAGCACUGCCAAGUGGUCUGCACCUUUCAUCCAAGAUGUCUGCUCUUCACCUUUGUGACUGACUCAUCAUCUGAAGAUCCAACCAAAUGGUUUACUUGCAUCCUGAAGGACAGCGCUACAGAAACACUGCCGUGGGUGAAUAUGACAGGAGCAAUUUCUGGACAUUCUUUCAAGCAAUGCCCACACCAUAUAAGUGUUUGCAACAAAAAUGUUUAUGAGGACCUAGACAUGAAGGGCAUGAACUAUCAUAGCUCUAUUACCAAGAACACUCAGGAAUGCCAAGAGAAAUGCACCAAUGACAUCCAUUGUCAAUUUUUUACAUAUGCAACAAGACAGUUUCCAAGCGCAGAGCAUCGUAACAUUUGUUUAUUGAAGUACACCCAAACGGGGACACCUACCCGAAUAACGAAGCUCAAUAAAGUAGUGUCUGGAUUUGCACUGAAAUCCUGUGCACUUUCUAACCUGGCUUGUAUUAGAGAUAUUUUCCCGAGCACAGCAUUUGCAGACAUUAACGUUGGCAGUGUAAUGGCUCCAGAUGCCUUUGUCUGUCGCCGCAUUUGUACCCACCAUCCCAAUUGUUUGUUUUUUACUUUCUUUUCUCAAGAAUGGCCAAAAGAAAAUGAAAGAAAUCUUUGUCUCCUUAAAACAUCUGAAAGUGGACUACCCGGUGCACGCAUUAAAAAGAGCAAAGCUCUUUCUGGUUUCAGCCUACAAAACUGCCGGCACAGUGUUCCGGUGUUAUGUCAUCCUUCCUUUUACCAUGACACUGAUUUCUUGGGAGAAGAGCUGGACAUUGUUGAUAUGAAUGGGCAUGAAGACUGCCAGAAAAUGUGCAGCAACAGUAUCCGCUGUCAAUUUUUUACCUAUUCUCCAUCUCAAGAAUCUUGCAAAGGAGGGAAGGGUAAAUGUUACUUAAAACUUUCUUCCAAUGGAUCUCCAACUAAAAUACUUCAUGGGCGAGGAGGCAUUUCUGGAUAUACAUUAAGGUUAUGUAAAAUGGAUAAUGUGUGUACAACUAAAAUCAAGUCCAGAAUUGUUGGAGGAACAGCAUCUGACUUUGGUGAGUGGCCAUGGCAGAUAACUUUACACAUCACUUCACCCACCCAGAGACACUUGUGUGGAGGCUCCAUCAUUGGAAACCAGUGGAUAUUAACAGCUGCUCAUUGUUUCAACGAGGUAGAGUCACCGAAAAUUUUGCGUGUCUAUAGUGGCAUUUUAAAUCAAUCAGAAAUAAAAGAAAACACAUCUUUUUUGGGGGUUCAAGAAGUAAUAAUUCAUGAUCAAUAUGAAAAGGCGGAAAGUGGAUAUGAUAUUGCUUUGCUGAAGUUGGAAACAACCAUGAAUUUUACUGAUGCUCAACGACCCAUAUGCCUACCUUCCAAAGGAGAUGGAAAUGUAAAAUAUACUGACUGCUGGGUGACUGGAUGGGGGUACAGAAAAGUAAGAGACAAAAUACAGGAUACUCUCCAGAAAGCCCCAAUACCACUGGUGACAAAUGAAGAAUGUCAGACAAGAUACAGGGGGCAUAAAAUAACCAAUAAGAUGAUCUGUGCAGGCUAUAAAGAAGGAGGGAAGGAUGCUUGCAAGGGAGAUUCAGGGGGGCCCUUGUCCUGUAAGCACGAUGAGGUCUGGCAUCUGGUGGGCAUCACAAGUUGGGGUGAAGGCUGUGCUCAAAGGGAACGGCCAGGUGUUUACACCAAAGUGGUAGAGUAUGUGGACUGGAUUUUGGAGAAAACUCAAGCAUCCUAA